AUGUUUGAUGUUCACUCUUUUUUCUCUCUGUUGCUCUUUCUCCCUCCAUCUCUCUGUUGCUCUUUCUCCCUCCAUCUCUCUGUUGCUCUUUCUCCCUCCAUCUCUCUGUUGCUCUUUCUCCCUCCAUCUCUCUGUUGCUCUUUCUCCCUCCAUCUCUCUGUUGCUCUUUCUCCCUCCAUCUCUCUGUUGCUCUUUCUCCCUCCAUCUCUCUGUUGCUCUUUCUCCCUCCAUCUCUCUGUUGCUCUUUCUCCCUCCAUCUCUCUGUUGCUCUUUCUCCCUCCAGCUCUCUGUUGCUCUUUCUCCCUCCAUCUCUCUGUUGCUCUUUCCCUCCAUCUCCAUUUCUCCUCCAUCUCUCUGUUGCUCUUUCUCCCUCCAGCUCUCUGUUGCUCUUUCUCCCUCCAGCUCUCUGUUGCUCUUUCUCCCUCCAGCUCUCUCUUGCUCUUUCUCCCUCCAGCUCUCUCUUGCCCCGUCCAACCCUUUCUCUUGCUCUACCUUGCUCUCUCACUUGCUCCCUUCUCCUGUCUUGCUCUCCCUCUCUUCCACUUGAUCACUUCUUUCUCUAUUUCACUGGCUCUCUUUUAG